ACCUGGUCUACCUCUGUUUGGCCAUAGAAAAGCCAAUGUUAAUGUCAAUGCCCUUCUCAAGCUUGAAUGUCCCAAAAUAUCACCAGAAACUAGAUCAAAAUUUAGAACAUUUCUCCAUUUGUUUAAAAUUGAAGUGUUUUCUUUUAUUCCAACGAACCAUACAUCCAUUGUUUACAAUAUGAUACUCUCAAUAAACCAUCACCCUAAUUCCUUAAUCCUUACCACCUUGUUUCUACAUUCUUCUAUCGUAAAUGGACAAUAUCUAAUCCCCAGUUUCCGCCCUAUAGGAAACCCAAUUUACAUGGGCAUAGCAUUGUCGGUCACCACCGUCAUUGUGGUUGUCAUCUUCGUGGUCCUCCACUUAUACUGCAAACCCCAACCACGGCCUCGAGUUGGGGUUGAAGAGGGGCUGACACCCCCCACCUGCAUCGGGCUUGAUCCCUCCGUGUUGGAGACCUUUCAACAAUUUAAGUACUCGGAGUUCUCGGGCCAAAGAGAUGAUACAGGCCCGCUGGAGUGCUCGGUUUGCCUGAGCCCUUUCGAGGCAGAUGAAAUGCUUCGUUUGCUCCCCAAGUGCAACCACAUGUUCCACGUUAGUUGCUUAGACCCUUGGCUUAAGGAUCACGCUACUUGUCCUCUUUGCCGGGUAUAUCUUGUGCCUGAAUCCGAUGCGUUGACUUUAGUUGUUUCGGGCCGGGUUGACGAGUCAGAAAGCGGGGCGGGAGGUCAUGCGAACGAGGUAGGAUAUCGGUCAUAAUCUCUUUGAGGUGAGGUCAGGGAG